AUGAAAUCACAUUUACAGAAGUAUCAAAACCUCCAGGAAAAGGGUUCCCUACAAAGUGUAUCUCAUCAGAGUUUGGAAAUCAAAGUUCAGGAAGAAAUUAAUGUCUUCGAGUUGGAAAGAACUUUUGUCGACAAAGAAACACCAGACAAAGAAUAUGACUUAUCCAUUGAUAGCACCAGACUGGCGAGCAACACAGAGUACAGGGAUGAAGAGGAUAAGGGGGAGGAAAAAGAUACUGAAAGGAAUAAAACUGAAACAUCUGACUUUUCAAUACCAGUUCAAAUGCCUAAAUUUUUGAAAACGUACGAUCUAUCUGAAUUAAAAAACAAUAAGGCCAAGAUUUACACUUGUGUUGUAUGGAUUGACGAAAAUUCAUUUGCACUUGCAGAUGAAAACAACCAUGAAGUGGUCAUUGUUAAAACUGAAGGAGAAAAAGUAGAAUUUAAACGUUACAAAGUAAAAGAUCUAGUCACUGUGGCAAAGUUCGAUAGGUAUCUGGCUUGUAAAACUCAGUACGGGGAUGUUAUUAUUUACUCAUACCCUGAUAUGAAGUUUGAAAGAAAGUUUAACAGAGCCUAUGCUGUCGCGUCUUCGUCAUCGGAGUUACUAUGGGUGACAAAAGAAAAGAUUAUGAUAUUUAAGACUGAUUCUCUUAUAGAAAAGAAAGUAUUGGAUGAGGAAGGGAAACCAUUCAGCUUUCUGAGACCAUUCCACUCGUGUUAUCUGCCCAAUAAGUCAUUAGCCGUCAUAGAUAGAGGUGAUGAAUGUCUGUUCUUCCUUGAUAGUAAUUGUCAAAUAUUCAGUAGGUAUGCCUGCGCUGGAAUUUGUGGGCUUUGUUGUGAUGACCAGAAUUGCGUCUACACAACGUGCUUUGGUGGAAAACAUAUUUCUGUUAUGAGUAAAGAUGGGGAACUUUUAAGAAGAAUUUCGCUCGAAUGUAUUCUUUGGAAACCCAGAUGUAUAUCUGUUCUGAAUGAGAACCGUGUACUUGUUACUAAUAAAGAUAGAGUUGUUCUUAUUUCUCUUGAACAGUUCAUUAACGUUAUUAAGGCAACAAAUUAA